AUGGCAGAGGACAUCUACCCAAACAUCGCAAAGUGCAAUAUUUUUCUCCUAUAUUCAUAUAAAUGUGCUCCUAAAAAAAUUCGUGAACUUGAAACACUAAAACAGCAUUAUUGCAACCUGGAAGAUCAAAUCUUCAGCCAGCCAUUAGGAACAAAGACAUGGCUGCCCCAAAGGACAAGAUGCAAGGAGAUGAAGAAGCAAGGGAAGACAAAGAAAAUGGACACCAUGUUGAAAGACCCACUGAUCUUCCAUUUGGAUUCUUCACUUCUGCAGGAGGAUAGAUUGGCUCUCUUGAUUGAACGUGAAGUCCAGAGGCGUGUGCUGGAAGAAGUUGUGGCUCGAGAGAGUGCAGCACUAAGCUCAAGAACGAAUCCUAGGAGGAAUUACAGGUCCAUGAGUACUUCAGUUGAUCCUUGGAAUCUAGGAUUAAGAGUGCUUACCCCUUCGGAAGUGAGGCCAUAUACUUCCAUGAGUGCUGGAUAUGAGAUGGAAGGGGAAGUUGGGAACCACCUUUAUCAGAGUGCUACAUCUGCAGAUGAUUUGCUUUUAACUCCAGCACCUUUGCAGUCACCCAUGACUGACUAUGAUAUGUCAUGUGGGAUAUGUGUUUGUAUACCUGGCUAUGAAAUGCGAGGAGCUGGAUCUGCAGCACAUUGGGAAUAUGAGGUGAAAAUAGCUGCUGGGAAUGAUUCUUGGACAGUAUUCAGAGAUACAGACGAUUCAGGGAGCUUCAUAUGUACAUGUGUCACAAAUAUGGCCAACCUGUGGAAGAACUUUACUUUCCACCACGGAGGUUAUUUGGCAACUUCACAGAAAGGGUUGUAGCUGAGCGCAGAGGACAGCUUGAGGUUUACCUUCAGCAGCUGAUAGUUCUGUGUAGUGAACUAUAAGGCUCUCCACUGAGCGGCUCCUCUCCCUCUCGGGCAACCUUGGCCGCCUUCUCUCCCUUCUUCCAGCGAGGAGUCUUUGAAUCUUCCAGACAUACAACAAGUUAGAUUAUAGAAGAAGAACAUUGUUAUUUGAAAAGAUCAGUCCUAUAAUAUCUGAUAUUCAAACAUAGAGGAUCUAUUUUGUGAUUUUCAAGGAUAGUGGAUA